GUGAGCUGCAGUUUGGGUGUCAGCCCUCCUUGCCGACAGUCGGAUCUUGUAGCUGUAUUCUUCAUUACCUCGGCUCCUGAUUGUCCUCUGGCUGUUUUCCUGGUCAGUGAAAGGACAAAGUGCGCGAGAGGCCACGGAGCGCGCAGCCCCUGCCCCUGUGCCCUGCCUGCAGGUCUACACGUCAUUGGUUCCCAGCACCUCUUGAAGCCUGAGAGCAGGAGCAACCUGUGAGGACCCCCUGCAGGAGAAGGAAGGUCGUCUCACCAUGGAAACUCUGCACACUGAGGACGAAGGCAUGCCUUCCAACCAAGGAAUGACUGAGAGCAGACAGCCACAGGCUUCGGGAAAUCCAGAGGCAACUAGUACUCUGGAAGACAAGGACGAACUCGGGAAUAAGGGAAAGACAGAAGUUAAGCAAAUGCUCCUGGAGAAGGGAAAGCCUGAGAGUGAGGGAAAGGCCAAGGAAGGCGAGCCGGGGAGUGAGGGAACCGCAAAAGAGAAGGGUUCCGCAAAGCUGGAGCCAGAGACCAGGGCUGCAGAAAAGCGCCCGGCCGAGGACGAUGUACCCAGGAAAGCCAAAAGAAAAACCAACAAGGGGCUGGCUCAGUAUCUCAAGGAGUAUAAAGAGUCCAUACACAGUAUGAAUUUCAGCAAUGAGGACAUGAUAAGAGAAUUUGACAACAUGGCUAGGGUGGAGGAUGAAAGGAGAAAAUGCAGACAGAAACUGGGGGCUUUUGUGUGGAUGCAAAAAAAUUUACAGGACCCCUUCCACCCGAGGGCCCCAACGGAUUUCAAGGGUGGCUGCAAGGCCCCACGAAGGGACCUUGAAGACAUUCCUUAUGUGUAGUGCCCCUACAGCCGUUUGUCAAGUCCUGUCCUUUAACCUUAUGCUAAUUAUCGGCUUUAGAUGUACUACCUGUUACCAGUACCCUGUUUGACCCAAGUGCAGUGUUAUAAAAUUCAGUAACAAAUUUUCAUUGAUUGCAUGUGGAAAAUGUUUAUAGUGUGCUGUAAAACAAACAAAAGGUCACACAUACAUACAACAUGUAAAAUCAUAUAUAGCAUCAGUCCAAUUUUGCGAAACUACAAAGAUUAAUUUGCCUAGUCAGCUGUAGAAAGCAACUCUAAGUUUCACUCACUAGAACAUUAACAGUACUUAUCUGUGGGUGAUGAUUUUAUCAUAUCCUUUUAUGUUUAUCUGUGUAGUUUGUCCUAAAAUAAUUACUUUUGUGCUAAAAUAAUAAGAAAGUAGAAAAUAUAUAACCAACCAAAAGUAGUGUCCAGUGACUUUAAGCAAGGAAGUGGAGAUACUUAAAAUUAUUGUUGUCAGAACAUAAAAUCUCUAGGCAAAUGUCGCCUUAUUUCUGGGACUUAAAGAUGGAGGAAUCAGCUCCUUUGCUGCAGGAGCAGACUUGUCGUCUGAGACCUGAGGAUGAAACUUGCCUCCUGGGACUGUGGAGGACAUCAAAUGAGGGACUAAGUGUGUGAGCUGUGAUGGGCCAGCUGCUACCGGCUUCCCUGCACUUGCAGAAUCAGUCCUCCGUCAGGCACCUGAGCAGGCCUGUGGGAGGUCUCCCCCGUGCUCACCACCGAGUAGUGCAGAUCACUGAGAGAUGGGUGCCACCCUAUCCCAAGCAAUGUCACCUCUGGUGGACAAGAUGCCUCUGCUUGUGGAUCCUGUAUGGCCUCCUAAGGUCCCUAUUGCUGUCAGUGCACUAGAGUAUGAUGGACUGAAGCAACAGUGUGUCCCCAAAAAAGGGGUAAAGAAUUCUUCUCUGCUUACAGUAGAGUUUUGCUAACCCAGGUGGGUAAUGUCCAAUUGUCACUGGGGCCCUGACACUUCGUAUAAAAUUCGUACAAACACUCUUUUCCGUGUUGUUUCUUGAUAUGCAUGUGUGGUUUGGGUUUUUGUGGCUUUUGUUAUUGUUCCUUUUUUUUUUUUUUAUCUAGAUAUGACCACUAACCUUAGAUAUUGGAGACUGAGAAAAGAGGGAAAAAAAUGUAAAGCCAGAUGAUGUGCUAUUUGCACUUGUUAAUCUCUUGUCUGCUAACAUUUUUGUUUUCCUUAGGAGUUGUCUCCCAGGAAUUUCCUGUUAAGCCCUGCAUUAGUAUUUCUCAAUAUUUCAAAAGAUUCUUCCACUUAGAUAAUUUCCCUCCACCUAUCCUUAGCUGCUUUUCCCUAGCUUUUUUUUUUUUUUUUUUUUCGCAAAUGAAGUUCUCUUAAAUGAACUUUCCUGUUAGGAUGAUUGUAGAUUUACAGAAAUGUUGCAAAGAUAAUCAGUUUCUACGUACUACAUAGUCAUGACCCCCUACUGUUAAUGUCUUACCUUACUGUGGUGCAUUGUUUUUGAUGAACUGAUAUGAAUAAAUUAUUAUUAACUAAGACA